AUUUUCUUGGACCCUUCUGUUUGUACUUAGUUUGAAGCGUCGUUCUGCUAUUUAACUAUAUUAGUACUCAAUCAGCAAUUCCACAUGCUUCUGUUUUUCCUUGUUUCAAGGUUCAAGGCAAAGCAAAUGUAUCCAUGUCUCUCUUACGGCAGCAAUGGUUCUUGAAGUCUAUGCAUUGCGAAUGUUAACCUUAAUUUUCACAUUCAUGCCUGCUGUUAGUCCCUCAAAUUUCAGCUAUCCUGCAGUUUUCAACUUUGGUGAUUCAAAUUCAGACACGGGUGGUCUGGUUGCAGGAGUUGCCUUUCCUGUGGGACCUCCUAACGGACAAACUCACUUCCAGGAACCUGCUGGCAGGUUUUGUGACGGCCGCUUGAUUAUUGAUUUUCUCAUGGAUGCAAUGGACCAUUCAUUUUUGAGUCCAUAUCUGGAUUCUGUAGGUGCGCCUAAUUUCCACAUGGGGUGCAACUUCGCAACCGGAGGUUCUAGUAUACUUCCAGCAAAUAAAAGUUCAAGAUUUCCAUUUUCAUUUGGAACUCAGGUGUCUCAGUUUAUCCACUUCAAGGCUCGAGUUCUUGAAUUAAUUGCAAAAGAUAGGAAACUUCGGAAGUAUCUCCCUCUUGAACAACAUUUCAAGGACGGCCUUUACACGUUUGAUGUGGGUCAGAAUGAUCUUGAUGGAGCAUUCUCUUCGAAACCAGAGGACCAAGUUCUAGCUUUUAUUCCAAACAUAUUGUCAGAAUUUGAGACUGGAGUUGAGGGACUGUACAGCCAAGGCGCCAGGAAUUUCUGGAUUCACAACACAGGACCCCUCGGUUGCUUACCCAGAAUCAUUGCAACAUUUGGGAAGAACGCGUCAAAGCUCGACCAAUUUGGAUGUGUUAAUUCUCACAACCAUGCAGCAACUGUUUUCAACACACAGUUGCAGAGUCUUUGUACAAAGUUGCGAGCACAAUAUUCUGAUGCUACUGUCACUUGUGUGGAUAUUUUCUCAAUAAAAUUGAACCUCAUCUCGAACUUCUCUCAGUAUGGUUUCGAACAGUCUUUAGCAGCUUGUUGCGGAUAUGGUGGACCGCCAUUAAAUUUUGACAGUAGGAUUGCUUGUGGUGAAACCAAGACUUUAAAUGGCAGCACAGUGACGGCAAGUCCUUGUAACAAUACUGCUAAAUAUGUGAAUUGGGAUGGAAACCAUUAUACUGAAGCAGCAAACAAAUACGUUUCAGAACAAAUACUAGCAGGAAAUUACUCUGACCCACCUCUAUCAGUAAUCAGACAAGUUAAUGUCGAAUCAAAGUUCAUUAACUACAAAAUGCUGUAUUAGCUAGCCUGUGAUUUCCUGAAGUUCUUGGCACUGCCAUUUUCGAAAUUAAUCUUGGUAUGAUCAUACAAAGGAAUAUGAAUACUUUUCCUUCAUUCA